AUGUUGCCACCAACGAAGCAGUCGAGAAAGCGGCAAAGUUUCUCCAUCGACAGCCUCGCUGUCAGCAGCCACUUGGAACCUGCACGUGAGGCGGAACAUGCACGUGAUACAGAUUCCCCUUACCUCAACUACCUGUCUACUCACGUUAUGACGUCAGCGGACGCUGAUAAUAACGCUAACAGAUUAUCUCGAAGAUGGAUGAACUACCAAGAUAUGUACAACGUGAAUGAUGUAUCGCUUCGUAUAGACGAAGGAGUGGAAAGACCGUUUGUAAGUAGCGAACGUCUAUCCGACUCUGCAACGUCAACGCCGCUGCCACAACCGAAACGUCGACGCCUGGAGUCUGCAUCAACGUCUCCAUCGUCCUCGGACGAAUCGACUACUGAGUUGGCAGCAAUGAUGACGGACGACAACAGCAACCAGAGCUACCCGACCCUGGAAAAGGCCAGUCCCACCUCCGGUUCCAACUGCUCCGUUUCUUCCGGUAAGAAUUCGUACUGUGACAACGAGAGCACGUGCAGCACAGACUCCAGCGAACGACGAAAGAAGGCGCGGACCGCGUUCACAAGCGAGCAGUUGCAGGCACUUGAGCGGCAGUUCCGAUCGCGCAAGUACCUGACGGCCUCCGACCGCACACAGCUGGCCAAGAAGUUAAAACUUAGGGAACAACAGGUGAAAACGUGGUUUCAGAACCGGCGUAUGAAGGAGAAACGACAAGAGCGGGAUGACGAGGAAGGCCGGAAGUUCCAUCUUCCCACGGGCGGCGUGGACGUCUCUCAGCUGGCGGCACUCGGGAUCUGCCCACCGCCGUUCCAUCUAGCCACGAGCUCCCCGCCGGCGACCUACAGUCCACAAUUGUCGCCUGCCGACCAGGACCGGCGACAAUCUGCAGUAUUCCCUCGUGAUAGCCGCAUCCCGUCCCCCGGUCAGUACACAAGUCACCCAAGUCGACCGGACACAAUUGCAGCACCAAGCGCCAUGCGUUACGCGAACAUGAACUCCCCAUAUGCUGUGCCAUUGAACUACAGUUCCCGACCGAAUUCUUACUCAGAGGUGCACCGGAUGUCGCCAAACGAACCUUCCCUUCUACACAUGAACCCCGGUAGGGCGCAAUACUCUCCACAUGCCCCAUUUCUGAUGUACCCCAGUGCUACUUCCGCCGUCGGCAGUGUCUCACCGAUUUCCCCAUAUGACCUUAUGGGGUCUAGAUCAUAG